UUCUAAUUAUUAGCAACAAGUAAAUGAAAUAGUCGAUAAUGGAUUUGAGUAAAGUGAAAGUUUCAUUAAAUCCACGAGAAAAGGCCGAUUUGUUUUCAGUUCUAAUUUGGUGGUGGACAAUAGAAUUAUUUAAGAAAGGCUACAGUAAAACAUUGACAUUUUAUGAUUUGUAUGAGCCUUUGAAGAACGAUCGAUCUAAAUUUCUAGGAGCUAAACUGAAAAGGCAUUGGAAUGCAGAGUUAAACAGAGCAGAGAAACGGAACAACAAGCCAAGUUUGUUCAACAUUAUUUUACUCACUUUUACAAAAGAAAUUCUACAUUUAGGAAUUCUUCAUUUCUUUCUUGACAUCAUAUUCAGCUUAGGGUUGCCAUUAAUCCUGGGAUUACUACUGCGAUAUUUCAAGCUUCGAUUGACAUCAUCGUUCGAAGAAGCUUUAUUUUACUUCAUAGCGUUUAUCGCCACGAACAUACUUACAAUAAUGUUAAACAAUCAUCAGUCCUUUCAAGCGAAGCAUCUUGCCGGAAGAAUACGCAUCGCCAUUCGCUCAUUGAUAUACAACAAAGCAUUGAAGCUAAAUAGCGCAUCGCUUGGUGAAACGUCGAGUGGAAAAGUAAUAAAUCUAUUGGCAAACGAUGUCGGUAGAUACGAUCUCAUCAUUGUCUUUUUGCACACAAUUUGGACUACGCCAAUUGCAACUCUUAUCGUUGCUUACAUUCUGUAUAAAGAAGCUGGUAUCGCCGGUCUGAUUGGAAUAGGCAUUAUGCUGACAACAGUUCCUGUCCAAAUAUUUACUGGCAAAUUAGCGACAAAGUAUCGAUUGGAAACAGCGCUAAAGACGGAUGAGCGAGUUCGUCUCGUGGAUGAGAUAAUAUCGGGCGCACAGGUGAUAAAAACAUACGCAUGGGAGCAGCCGUUCCACGCACUCGUGAAACUUGUUCGAUUCUUAGAGCUCAAGGUCAUUGGGAAAAGCUCUCACAUUCGCGGUCUUUUUAUGACGACUUUUCUCAGCAUAACGCGCGUAGCUCUUUAUUUUACGAUCAUGUCGAUGCUGGCGUUAGGCGAGGAUUUGGCCAUAGACAGGAUCUUGGUGAUUGCAACAUUCUACAACAAAUUAUCCUUCUCAUUGACCGGAAAAUUCGUGAGGAGUUUCGACGAGAUCGCCGAAUGCAAGGUCUCCGCUGAUAGGAUCCAGUCCUUUCUUUUAAUGAAGGAAUUCCGGACAUACAAUGUCGUCGGCAAAGUGCCAUUAAAGACCGACAAAUCCAAAAAAGCCAAUAGCGUCGACAAUCGCUCGUGCAAAAUUAUUAUUGUAAGGAAGGAUAGAAGAGAGGCGUCGUGGUGCAUAAGAUUAAAAAGCCUUUCGGCCAAAUGGUGCCCGAGCCAAUCGCACAAUACUUUGGAAGACGCGAGCUUGGAAUUGGAGAAGGGCAAGCUUUACGUGGUCUUAGGUGUCGUCGGCUCCGGGAAAAGCUCCUUCCUUUCGGUGAUCCUCAAUGAGAUCGAGUGCGUCGGGGGCACGGCCGAGGUGUCGGGGAGCGUCAGCUACGCGGCACAGGACGCCUGGAUAUGUGGAGCAAGUGUUCGUCAGAAUAUACUAUUUGGCCAAGAAUUUGAGAGGCGAAGGUACGAGAGAGUGAUCGAGGUCUGCUCACUGGUCGAGGAUUUUGCUCAGCUCCCCGAGGCCGACCAGACGCUUUUGGACGAAAAGGGCAGUUCGCUGUCCGGGGGUCAAAGGUCUCGAAUCAGCUUGGCCAGAGCCGUUUAUCGACAAGCCGACAUUUAUCUGCUGGACGAUCCCUUAAGUGCGGUAGAUGCGCGAGUCGGCAAACACUUGAUCGAAAAUUGCAUAUUGGGAUAUUUACGGCAUAAGACUUGCAUUUUAGUGACGCAUCAAUUGCAAAAUCUAGCGGACGUCGAUGGUAUUAUAUUUUUUGAUCAAGGAAAAAUACAGUUUUAUAAGUAUUAUCAUGAGUUAUUAAAAGUACAUAAAGAGUACAAUAACUUUAUCAUGCCAAAGCUAAAUCGUAAUUUGAAUGAAAAUGUUGAAAUUACCGAAGCAGAAAGCCGUUUUACAUCAAUUGAAACUAAAGUAAGGAGGAUAUUUUGCUAUUCCUAUGUUAAUUUUGAAAAAACGAAUGACAAUUCCUUAACUAUUAAUAGUGUCAUUGAAAAUUCAUCAAAAAAUGUUAUUAAAGGCAGUAUAUUUUUAAAAUAUUUCCAAUCAAGUUCUCGAUUAUGUAUCGCAAUUUUAAUGGCUGCGUUAUUUAUUGUAACACAGUUCCUUAUUGGCCUUAAUGAUCUUUACGUAUCAAAUAUAGUUUUUUUUACAUCUAUCGCUAAUAUCGAUGAAGCAGCAAUUGUCGCGCAAGGGGAUGUAAAUAUAAUCCGGACUUACAUCUACCUUUACACAACGAUUGUCCUGGCGAUAUUUGGCAUUGGACUCUUACGCUCUUACCUCUUCUACAAUGUCUGCCUACGCAAUAGCAAAUGUCUGCACGACUCGGCUCUCUCCGCUAUCCUGCGCGCACCAAUGCACUUCUUCGAGGUAAACGCGAGCGGCCGAAUCCUCAAUCGUUUCUCCAAGGACAUGGAUAUAAUCGACAAUCAAUUACCGAGAACAAUGCUUGAUUCCGGCCAAGUGUUGUUAACAAUUACCGGUGCCUUCAUCAUUACUUGUAUGGUGAAUCCUCUCUUUCUGAUACCAGCGAUCGUCAUUGCUUACGUCACUUACUGGAUCAAGAGGAUUUAUUUAAAAACAAGCACGAAUCUCAAACGCUUAGAGGGAAUGACUAGAUCGCCAUUAUUUACUCAUCUCAAUAUAACUCUCAAUGGAAUCUCUACAAUAAGAGCAUUUAAGGCGCAAUUGAAUUUCAAAGAGGAAUUCGAUAGAUUUCAAGACAAUCAUACAUCAUCCUGGUUUCUAUUCUUGGCAUGUAACGAAGCCUUCUCUUUUGCAUUGAACCUAUGCACUUUUCAUUUUAUAAUAUGUAUCAUCUUUAUCUUACUGAUGUUUAAGCAACACUUUAAUAGUGGCGAUGUCGGCCUAGCCAUUACCCAAAUGAUAUGGGUAACAAGUAUGGUUGAGUGGGGAAUGCGCCAGAUGGCUGAAAUAAAUAAUCAGAUGAUGUCUGUUGAACGAAUUCUUGAGUAUACGCAGAUUUGUCCAGAGGACAAUCCAGACAAGAAGUUAAAAGUGUCUAAAGAGGAGGGUGAAGAAAACGAAAAAAGUUUAAUAAUUUCACCGGCUAAUACAUUAAAAUGCUGGCCAAGUAAUGGUAUUAUUACCUUUGAUGAUGUUUUUUUAACAUAUGCUGAAAAUAAUAAUCCAGUAUUGAAAAAUUUAAGCUUUCGGAUUAGUGCUAUGGAAAAGAUUGGUAUUGUCGGAAGAACCGGCGCUGGUAAAUCAUCGAUAAUAUCUGCGAUCUUUAGACUCGCUCGAGUAAAGGGUCAUAUUGAAAUUGAUGGAAUAGAUACCGAAAAACUUUCAUUGAAAGAUCUCCGAAGUCGGAUCUCUAUAAUUCCCCAAGAUCCUGUAUUAUUUUCCGGCACACUGAGAUAUAAUCUCGAUCCGUUGAAUGAAUUUUUCGAUCAGGAUUUAUGGAAAGCACUGGAUGAAGUAGAACUGAAAGACACGAUAUCUUCAUUUGAAAAUGGUUUGAACUGCCGAGUAAUAGAGAAAGGCACGAAUUUUAGCAUUGGACAAAGACAGCUCAUCUGUUUGGCAAGAGCGAUUUUAAGAAAUAAUCGUAUAUUAGCCGUUGACGAGGCCACAGCCAAUGUCGAUGCACAAACUGACAUUCUCAUUCAAAAAACCAUCAGACAAAAAUUCGCUACGUGCACUAUUUUGACAAUAGCGCAUCGCUUGAACACGAUAAUGGAUAGUGACAAAAUUAUGGUCAUUGAUAAGGGGCAUUUGAUCGAAUUCGAGCACCCAUAUGUAUUACUUCAAAAGGAAAAUAGUCACUUUAGUUCGUUGGUUAAGGAGACUGGUGAAUUUAUGUCCCAACACCUAUUCAAUUUAGCCCAAGAGUGUUAUAAUAAAAAAUAUAGUAAGAACAUGGUUGUUGAAAAGUAA